CAUAUAAUUAUUACUCAGUUCUUCUUAGUUGGUGAGUGGUGACCCCAAAAACACAAAAAUCAUUUCCUCAAAGUUAGACCAAAGUCCAAACAAUGCAAUUCAACUGUGUUCAUUUUCUUCAAAACAAGACGAUUCUUGUGACCGGCGCAACCGGUUUCCUUGCGAAGGUUUUUGUGGAGAAAAUUUUGAGAGUACAACCAAAUGUGAAUAAGCUGUACCUCGUGGUGAGAGCAUCCGACAAUGAAGCCGCGAAGAAACGCUUACACACAGAGGCAUUCGAGAAAGAUCUUUUUAAGGUGUUAAGAGAGAAUCUUGGGGAUGAGAAAUUGAAUACAUUGUUGUCCGAAAAAGUUGUCCCGGUCGCAGGUGAUAUCGCGAUGGAUCAUUUAGGCAUGAAGGACUCUAAACUCAGAGAAUGUAUACAACAAGAAAUCGAUAUUGUUGUCAAUGUCGCAGCCACAACUAACUUCGACGAGAGAUAUGAUGUUAGUCUUGGAAUUAACACAUUUGGAGCUCUCCAUGUCCUUAACUUUGCCAAAAAAUGUGUUAAAGCUCAAUUGCUUCUCCAUGUUUCAACUGCUUAUGUUUGCGGAGAGAAACCAGGUCUCCUACCUGAAAAACCAUUCAUCAUGGAAGAGAUUCGUAACGAGAAUGGUCUUCAAUUGGAUAUAAACCUUGAAAGGAAGCUUAUGAAGCAAAGAUUGAAGGAACUCAAUGAACAAGAUUGUUCAGAAGAAGACAUUACUCUCUCCAUGAAAAAAUUCGGCAUGGAAAGAGCAAAGCUUCAUGGAUGGCCAAACACAUAUGUCUUCACCAAAUCGAUGGGAGAGAUGCUUCUUGGUAACCAUAAAGAAAAUCUCCCUCUCGUCAUUAUCCGUCCCACGAUGAUCACUAGUACUCUCUCAGAACCAUUUCCUGGUUGGAUCGAAGGAUUAAGGUAAAUUUAUCAUCGAUUAGGAUUUUUAGUUUUUAUUCAAAAAGUUAAACAUAAUAUGUCCCUAUUCCAGGAGAGAAAUUUUAUUUAUGAUUGAAUAACUCAAGAUUUCUAAU